AUGGAUUCUACCACCAUUAUUGAAGAAACUUCAAAUACUUUGGAACCACAACCGGAGACACCUGCUUCCUUAUUUACCAGCAAAGAACAAGAAGUUUUGGAUUAUUUUGAACACUUGUCUUGGCUGAUACAACAAAGACGCGAAUAUGAACAUAUAAUCGAAAGACAGACGCAGCAGGAACAACAAAAAGCUGCGGAAUCUCCACCCGCCAAUGCUAUAAAAUUGGCACAAGUCUCUUCUGCUAAUUUGUUCAAAGAUAAAGCAAUUGAAAGUGCUAAAGCAGGAAUUGUGAUCCUUGAAACAUUAUCCCCACAAAGAACUUCAAGCAGUAACAACGAUAAUUUGCAACCAUCUAAUAAUACGCUAAAUGAGUUAAUACUUGAAAGAGAUCGUUUAGUGACGGAAUUCUUAAAAAUGCAUCAUGAACUGCUCGAAGCACAAUCUGAAUUGUCAAAACUCGAAAAAAAAGUUAUUGCUCGACAUAUCGAAAAUCGUAAACUAAUGUCGGAAAUAACUAGGAUUACGGAGGCCAGUUCUAUCAGCAUUGAAAAUGGCUCGGGUCCUGAAAACAGUGAAUUUUUAGGGACAAUCCAACGGAUAAGGAAAGAUCUCGAAAAUACUCUAGCGAAACGCGAAAUUGUCAGAAAUGUUUUACAGGGGUUAAUUCUGGAAAGUCAUGUUGAAUGGACAGAAGAUGAUCACUUGAUGACAAUCAUGUUGUCGAUUGGCGAGGAAUUUUGA